AUGAUCGGUCGGCUAAAUCAUGUGGCCAUUGCUGUCUCGGAUAUCGAUGCUGCAACGGCGAUUUACCGGGAUACGCUUGGAGCGGACGUCUCAUCGAGGGAAGAACAGCCGGAUCAUGGUGUGAGCACUGUGUUCAUUAACUUGCCGAACACCAAGAUCGAGCUGCUGGAGCCCCUGGGUGACGACUCGCCGAUUGCCAAGUUUCUGGAGAAGAAUCCCUCCGGCGGAAUUCAUCACGUCUGCUAUGAAGUCGAUGACAUCCUGGCUGCACGGGAUAAGCUCGUGGCGGAUGGUGCACGGGUCCUUGGCGAUGGUGAACCGAAGAUCGGGGCGCACGGCAAGCCGGUCCUCUUUCUUCAUCCGAAAGAUUUUCUCGGCACACUUACGGAACUGGAAGAGGCCUGA